AUCGGCGUCACCACAACAACAACCACCACCACCACCACCGGCGACCCGAGUAACAGUCAAGAUGGCGUCCGAGGGUCAGCUCGAAUACGAGUCGGUGCUGUGUGUGAAACCCGAAGUGAACGUUUACCGCAUCCCUCCGAGAGCAUCUAACCGGGCUGUCAGGGCGGCUGACUGGAAGCUGGAUGCUCCUGAUUGGACGGGACGCAUGCGCGUGACGGCUCGAGGCAAAGUGGCCUACGUGAAAUUGGAGGACAAAGUGUCCGGGGAGCUGUUUGCCCAAGCACCGGUGGAGGAGUACCCUGGCAUCGCAGUAGAAACAGUCAGUGACUCAAGCCGUUACUUUGUGCUUCGGAUCCAGGAUGACAACGGCCGCAGCGCGUUCAUAGGCAUCGGCUUUGGAGACCGAGGAGAUUCGUUCGACUUCAAUGUGGCGCUCCAGGACCACUUCAAGUGGGUAAAACAAGAAGAUGAGUUGAGCAAACAGGCUCAGGCUCCAGACUCUGCUCCUAAACUCGAUCUGGGCUUCAAAGAGGGACAAACCAUUACUCUAAAUAUUGGGCAAUCGAAGAAAAGGGACAGGUCUCGUCCACAGAGCUCAGGAGGCCUUGGUUUUCUUCCUCCUCCUCCUGGGGGCAAGCUGGCCCCGCCACCUUCAUCCAGAGCUACCAAUCUUAACACGCAACAGCCAACAGCAGGGGGAGAUGACACUGGUUGCUUGCUAGAUCUUGACUCCAGUAACUCCAACUCAAUGGCUCCGUUCAACCCGACGUCCACAGCCAACAAUGACUUGUGGGGAGACUUUGACUCUGUGACCCAGAAGUGAGGAGAUACUUGUUCUGCUUUUUGCCCUCUUUUUUUUCUUUUUUUUUUUUUAUUGAAAAAUUAUGCAGCACUUUUUACAGAUUGAUUUCCCCCAGCCUGGGGUCCCGUAUCUCUCCCUGCCGAGCAGGGUAACCCUCUCUUGUUUGGUUUGGUCAUGAAUUCCUCGCUGCUGUCUUAAGCUGGCCGUUUCAGCAGAUUCCUGUGGUCGCUAUAUUCCUGUUUUCCCUUCUCUUACUUCCAAUAGUUUCUGCGCUGCUUGAUAGCAUAAACACCAUAGGAAUAUCAAGGAAAGGCAUAUCAAGAUCUAAUUAACUGAAGUAACCUUCUGUACAGAGACAUUUUGCUUUAGAUGUUAUGGUGUCAGUAGUUGUUAUUGGUGGUUUUGCCUUUUAAUGUACUGUAGCUUCAUUUUUUUUUUCCAGGUCUCCAGAUGGGAGACUGAAUAUAUGCACUGACUGACAGUUGACUCUGUCCGUGUAGUUAUUAAUUCAUAAAAGCGUGCAUCCAGUGCAGGGAUCUUAUGACGUCGGAUUGAGAUUAUUGUGCAGUUCACCGCAGAUUGGGUUCACUUGAGAGAACUCCGUCAGUGCGCCGCUGAUUUACGAAGUGGUCGGGCUCUGCUCCGCUCUUGCGGCCGCGCAGCUGUUUAACACUGACUCCAGCGCGGAUGUGUUGUUUUAACUAUAAAUCAGGACACAUGGAAGUGGGAAGUGCUGGAUGGGAGAGGGUGUUAGGAAAAGGAACAGAGGCGAUGUAUACUUUUAUCUUCGCCUCGAGGGGAAAGAGAGAUUUUUUUUUUUACGUUAUGUAAUUUCCACUCAGCACAGCUGUUUAAACUGUGACUUUUGAGUCUGUUGGGUCGUGACCUCUCUGAAGCUCAGCGAACAGGUCGGAUUCUGGCCUGUUCAGUCAGUCUCAGGAAGGCUUUAUCUACAGCUUGUUGAUUAUGUGUUGAAAUGUGAAGGUAUUUUUGGCACGCUGCAGACAAACAGAACAAGGAACCAAGCUAAUAUGCGUCUGUAGGAGUGUUUGGUUGUAAACUGAUGUAAAAAAAUUAUGUAUCAAGAGCUGGGCUGUGUUUCACCGAUAUACACGUGUUGUGUCCGAUGUGCAAUAACGAGCGGCGUGGUGAUGGGUGUUGACCGGAGCGCACCAUCAAUGGGAGUGUUUGUUAAUUGUCUUAAAUUAUAUGUAUUUAUCCUAAAUGUUACUCGUUGUUUAAACUUUAAAGUGUAUAAAAAUGAAUAUGCAAAGGAGGAAGAUUAAAAUGGGAAUAAAAACACUUCGAACCAUGCCAUUCUUUUCUUAAAUGAACAAAAUAAACACAUAAAUGAAUUGCUCAAAA